AGAGAGAGAGAGAGAGAGUUAAAAGGAGCGCACUCCGUGGUGCGUGUCUAUAUAACGGCUGUAUCUAUAGAUCGCAGAGUCCAAGCGGUGCCGGUGGAGCGGUGGCGGCAAACUUGGUGAGAAAGGAAGGAGAGGGAGAGAGACGGACGAGAGUGGAGUGGAAGUACUGUGAUGGAGACUACUUUGAAAGGCGUGAGGGGCGGUGCACCGUCUGUGCUGGACAUGGACCCUAAGUUCACCGUCGGCGGCGGCGUUGAGGACGUCUACGGUGAGGAUCGCGCCACGGAGGGCCAGCUCGUCACUCCCUGGACUAUCUCCGUUGCCAGCGGGUAUUCUUUGUUGAGGAACCCCCGUUUUAACAAGGGUCUUGCAUUUGAUGAGAAGGAGAGAGAGGCUCAUUACUUGAGCGGUCUGCUACCACCGACAGUUUUAACCCAACAGCUGCAGGAGAAGAAACUAAUGCACAAUAUUCGCCAAUAUCAAGUUCCACUCCAGAAGUACAUGGCCUUGAUGGAGCUUGAGGAGAGGAAUGAGAGGCUGUUCUACAAGCUUCUCAUUGACAAUGUCGAGGAACUUCUCCCUGUUGUCUAUACUCCAACUGUAGGAGAGGCUUGCCAGAAAUAUGGAUCCAUUUUUAGGCGCCCCCAGGGUCUUUAUGUUAGCUUAAAAGAGAAAGGAAAGAUCCUUGAAGUAUUGAAAAACUGGCCAGAGAGGAGCAUUCAAGUUAUUGUUGUGACUGACGGUGAGCGAAUUUUGGGACUUGGGGAUCUUGGCUGCCAGGGGAUGGGGAUACCGGUUGGAAAAUUGGCUUUGUAUACAGCACUUGGAGGAGUUAGACCUUCUGCUUGUUUGCCCAUAACUAUUGACGUGGGGACAAACAAUGAGCGGUUGUUGAAUGAAGAGUUCUACAUUGGGCUCAGACAAAAGAGAGCAACUGGGAAGGAAUAUGCUGACUUUCUGCAUGAGUUCAUGACUGCUGUCAAGCAAAACUAUGGUGAAAAAGUACUCGUACAGUUUGAAGAUUUUGCAAACCACAAUGCAUUUGAGCUGCUGGCAAGAUAUGGUACCACUCAUCUUGUCUUCAAUGAUGAUAUACAGGGAACAGCAUCUGUGGUUCUUGCAGGGCUCAUUGCAGCACAAAAGUUACUUGGUGGUAGCUUGGCUGAUCACAAAUUUUUAUUUCUUGGUGCUGGAGAAGCUGGAACAGGAAUAGCAGAACUUAUAGCUCAUGAGAUGUCAAAGCAGACCAAUGCUCCUCUGGAAGAGGCCCGCAAGAAGAUCUGGCUUGUGGAUUCAAAGGGGUUAAUUGUCAGUUCUCGGAAGGAUUCUCUUCAACAGUUCAAGCAGCCUUGGGCGCAUGAACAUGAACCAGUCAAGGAUCUCUUAAGUGCUGUCGAGGCUGUCAAGCCAACUGUUCUAAUUGGAACAUCUGGAGUAGGCCGAACAUUUACAAAAGAGGUGAUUGAGGCCAUGGCCUCAAUCAAUGAGGUAUCUCUCUCUCUCUCUCUCUCCCUCUCUCUCUCUCUAGCUUGCUCUCAAUCUGAUGUAAGACUAAAUGGCUUGCAGAAACCUCUAAUUUUAGCUCUUUCCAACCCCACAUCGCAAUCUGAGUGUACAGCUGAAGAAGCUUACACCUGGAGUCAGGGCCGUGCAAUUUAUGCCAGUGGAAGUCCAUUUGACCCUGUGGAAUACAAUGGCAAAGUUUAUAUGCCUGGCCAGGCAAACAAUGCUUACAUUUUCCCUGGAUUUGGCUUGGGAUUGAUCAUUUCUGGUGCAAUUCGUGUACAUGACAGCAUGCUUCUGGCAGCCUCGGAGGCUUUGGCUCAUCAAGUAACACAAGAACACUUCAAUAAGGGUUUGAUAUAUCCACCAUUCUCUAAUAUCAGAACGAUCUCCGCCCACAUUGCUGCCAAUGUAGCUGCUAAAGCUUAUGAGCUCGGUUUGGCGUCCCGUCUCCCUCAACCGGCGAAUCUGGUGAAGUACGCCGAAAGCUGCAUGUAUACCCCCAAUUACAGAACCUACCGGUGAAUUGUCGGUAAAAUCGACCUCUUAUUAUUGUGUACUAUGUUCAAAGCCCCGUGACUCUGAUUUUCUGGUUUGCUGUGCCUACCUUCUUCCUCAACCCAAGCCUUCACAUAUAAUGUACUGUGUCCAAAGCCUGUGAACUUUCUGAUUUGGUGUGCCCUUCCCUUCUUCUUUCUCAAACCAUCCGCUCUUUGAAGUCAUGUGAAGUAAGCUGCGUGUGGAUUACUAAUAAAACAGGGGUCUAGCCUCCUCCGGAUUUGCACUAGUGUGAACUGUCACUUUUGAGUAUGUAUUAUGCAUUAGUAAUUUCCAUGUGUAAUUAUAACGGGGUGGUGUUGUGUGUAAUAAUUUGACCUCUCUUUGGUCUACUCCCUGUUCGUUCAGACCUUAUUGUAAUUUAUAUAGAGUACAUAUUUGUAGACAAGGUAAUAAGAGUGACUCGCGAGCUUUCAUAAA